UUUAGUAAAUAUUUUACCGGCAGCAGUGUUUUAAAAUUUUUAAACAGUUCAUUUUAAAAGUAAGUAAAUUCCAAGACCGUUUUACAACACAAUUUUAAAAUAUUUAUCGGUUUGCAGAUGUAUGUAUUUGGUCUGCAUCAACUCUUUUAGUCAAGUUGUUUAGUGAAUAUUUUACUGUCUUAAAAUUUUAAAACAGUUCAUUUUAAAAUGCAUCGCCUCUUUUUGUCUAGUUGUUUGGUAAAAAUUUUACUGACAGCAGUGUCUCAAAACUUUUAAACAGUUCAUUUUAAAAGUGGGUAAAUAACAAAUAAAUUUGUUUGACGGGAGAUCGUGCUUAUAUCGAAAUCUAACUAGUCAAUUUUGGCAGUAGCUAUACUUAGGAGAUAAAGAUGAGAAACGAAGAUGUUGAUAUGGAUGAUGAAGGUGAUGACGUUACAUCAGAACUCUGGCAGGAAGAUUGUUGGACCGUUAUAAGUUCCUAUUUUGAAGAGAAGGGUAUGGUUAGGCAGCAGUUGGAUUCCUUUGAUGAAUUUAUACAGAAUUCUAUCCAGAGAAUUGUUGAUGACUCUCCGCAGAUCGACCUGCAGACCGAAGCAAAACAUUCCAGUAGCCACAUUGAGAAUCCGUUACAGCCACAAUAUCAAUUAAAAUUUGAGCAAGUCUACUUAUCAAAACCAACGCACUGGGAGAAAGAUGGCGCUCCUAGUCCGAUGAUGCCCAACGAAGCUCGUCUUCGUAACCUGACUUACUCGGCCCCCCUCUAUGUUGACAUCACUAAAAAAGUCAUUAGGGAUGGACAAGAACCAGUUGUUACAAAUUAUCAGAAAACUCUCUUAGGUAAAAUCCCCAUAAUGUUGCGAUCCAAGUACUGCUUGCUUAGUGGAUUGACAGAUCGUAAUUUGACAGAAUUGAACGAAUGUCCACUCGACCCUGGGGGCUAUUUCAUCAUCAAUGGUACCGAAAAGGUUAUCAUCGCCCAGGAGAGGAUGGCCAACAAUACAGUGUACGUUUAUAGUCAGGACGAUUCUAAAUACGCCUACAAAACCGAGUUGAGAUCGUGUCUGGAACAGUCCUCGAGACCGACCAGCACUAUGUGGGUCAAUAUGAUGGACCCAGCAGGAAGUGGUGCAAAAAACGUAGGCAUUCAACCGAGGAUCGUGGCUCUCCUUCCAUACAUCAAACAGGAAAUUCCUAUCAUCAUUGUUUUCAGGGCUCUGGGAUUUUUAUCAGACAGGGAUAUCCUUGAACAUAUCAUCUACGAUUUUGACGAUCUUGAGAUGAUGGAGAUGGUCAAAUCAUCGAUAGAAGAAGCAUCCUGUGUCCAAAAUCAGCAGGUGGCCUUGAACUUUAUUGGAGGGAGGGGGUCGAGACCUGGGGUGACCAGGGAAAAGAGGAUCAAGUACGCUAAGGAGAUUAUACAGAAAGAGAUGUUACCGCAUGUCGGUAUCAGUGACUCCUGCAAAACCAGGAAGGCAUACUUUCUUGGUUACAUGGUGCAUCGUUUGCUGUUGGCAGCACUAGGCAGAAGAGCAGUUGAUGACAGAGAUCACUAUGGAAACAAGAGAUUAGAUCUCGCCGGAUCCCUUCUUGCUUAUCUUUUCAGAGGGCUAUUCAGAAACCUUUCCAAAGAAAUAAAACUGUAUGCCCAAAAGUUUAUAAACCGGGGUAGAGACUUCAACCCUGAACUUGCCAUAAAAACUCGAACAAUCACCGAUGGCCUCAAGUAUUCGCUGGCAACCGGAAAUUGGGGCGAUCAGAAAAAGGCCCACCAGGCAAGGGCCGGUGUUUCUCAGGUGCUGAAUAGACUAACAUACGUAUCCACGCUCUCUCAUCUAAGAAGGGUGAACUCUCCAAUUAGCAGAGACGGAAAGAGGGCGAGACCUAGGCAAAUUCACAAUACUCAAUGGGGCAUGAUCUGUCCGACCGAGACCCCAGAAGGAUGUGCCGUCGGCUUGAUAAAGAACCUCGCCCUCAUGGCUAGCGUAUCCGUCGGCUCGCAACCAUCUCAGAUAAUCGAGUUUCUGGAGGAGUGGAGCAUGGAGAAUCUAGAAGAAAUUUCUUUCUCUGCUAUCAUGAAUGCUACAAAAAUUUUCAUCAAUGGAUGCUGGGUAGGCAUUCACAGAGACCCAGGACAACUGAUGAAUACUCUGAAGAAAUUUCGUCGUCAGAUGUAUAUCAUCGUAUCCGAGGUAACCAUGUUUUGGGAUAUUAGGAAUAGAGAAAUUAGAAUAUACACUGAUGCCGGCAGGAUAUGCAGACCUUUGCUCAUUGUCGAAAAUCAGAAACUUCUACUCAAGAAACGACAUAUCGAUCUGCUAAAGGAGAGAAAGUACAAAAAUUAUGGUUGGCAAGAUUUGGUAGCAAAUGGAUUAGUAGAGUACCUUGAUGCUUUGGAAGAAGAAACUGCCAUGAUUGCUAUGACUCCUGAAGAACUUGACGAGAAAGGUAGUUUGUACUGCACAACGUAUACGCACUGCGAAUUUCAUCCAUCGAUGAUACUUGGAGUUUGCGCCUCCAUCAUACCAUUCCCUGAUCACAACCAGUCACCACGUAACACAUACCAAUCUGCUAUGAGCAAGCAAGCCAUGGGUGUCUACUCUACAAACUACCACAUAAGGAUGGAUGCAAUGGCCCACGUUCUCUUUUAUCCUCAAAAGCCUCUCGCUGCUACAAGGUCGAUGGAGUACUUGAAAUUCAACGAGCUACCGGCUGGCACCAACAGCAUCACAGCCAUUGCAUCGUACUCUGGAUACAAUCAGGAAGAUUCAAUCAUCAUGAACGAGUCAGCUGUCGAUCGCGGGUUUUUUCGAUCAAUUUUUUAUAAAUCGUACUGGGAUGCCGAAUCAAAGAAAGGGUUCCGUGAGGAGGAGGUGUUUGAGAAACCUGAUAGAUCUUACGUGCAAGGCAUGAAGAAUGCAUCCUACAAUAAGUUGGACGAUGAUGGCAUCAUAUCACCGGGUACCAAAGUAUCUGGAGAUGAUGCUCUCAUUGGUAAGACUAUCACACUGCCUGAAAAUGAAGACGAGCUUGAGGGCCAAGCGAGGAGGUACACGAAACGAGACAACAGUGUCUUCAUGAGAAAAGGUGAUACAGGAGUGGUGGAUCGGGUAAUGCUUUCGAUCAACCAGGAGGGUUACAAGUUCUGCAAGAUCCGUGUCAGGACAAUCAAAACGCCGCAGGUUGGCGACAAGUUCGCCAGUCGGCACGGUCAGAAAGGAACUUGUGGCAUGAAAUACAGACAAGAAGAUAUGCCAUUUACCUCAGAGGGCAUCACCCCGGACAUCAUCAUCAACCCGCACGCCAUUCCGUCUCGUAUGACGAUAGGUCACUUGAUUGAGUGCCUGCAGGGUAAAGUGGCGGCCAAUAAGGGUGAGAUUGGUGACGCCACCCCAUUCAAUGAUGCCGUCAAUGUCAAGAAAAUGUCCGAUGUUCUUAAGAGGUAUGGGUAUCAUAGGUACGGAAAUGAGGUUGUCUACAACGGUCACACCGGUCGCAAGAUGGUUUCUCAAAUAUUCAUCGGUCCAACUUACUACCAGAGGUUGAAGCACAUGGUGGACGACAAGAUACAUUCGAGGGCCAGGGGUCCCCUGCAGAUUUUAAACAGGCAACCCACGGAGGGUAGAUCAAGAGAUGGUGGGCUUCGUUUUGGCGAGAUGGAGCGUGAUUGUCAGAUUGCACAUGGGGCUGCCCAGUUUUUGAAAGAAAGGUUGUUCGAGGUCUCCGACCCCUACCCUGUGCACGUCUGUAACCUUUGUGGUCUCAUCUGCAUUGCCAACCUCAGGAAUCAGAAUUUGGAGUGCAGACGAUGUAAGAAUAAGACGCAGAUAUCUCAGAUUCGGAUGCCGUAUGCGUGCAAACUUCUCUUCCAGGAGCUCAUGUCAAUGUGUAUUGCCCCGCGAAUGAUGGUCACGUGAAUGAUGACGUAAUGAUGGUUAUGGAGAAAAGGAGGACCGCGAUGAUGGGGAUGAAUUAUGACGAAUGAAUUUUUUUUUAUUAUAACUUAUUUCAUAUAACAAAUUACAAAGUGAUUCUAUCCGUCUUUCACUAUUUGCAUUUGAUUGAAAAUAAAAUCAUUUUAGUCAUAAUUUUGUCUUACAAA